AUUAGAACAUCCAUACGUUCUUCUUGGAAACCCCAAAGUUUAAUUUUGUUCAGUGUACUAGCCGACAAUAUGAAGCAAAAGAUAACCAUUGAAGCGCAGAUUCAAUGCGAUAAAUGUCGGUCCCAGGCCAUGAAGAUAGCUGUUGCGGAAGAUGGUGUAAUAUCAGUGGCUUUCCAGGGACCAAACAGAGACAAAAUGGUGAUAACUGGAGAUGGAGUUGAUGCCGCGGACAUGGCCAAGUCGUUGAGGAAGAAGCUUGGCUAUGCAGACUUGGUGAGUGUGGAAGAAAUAACUGAAAAGAAAGCUUAGAAUUGAACCUAAACAGGAAAAGAAAGCCGGAAAUGCACAUGCAAGACCACAACCUUGUUCUCACCAUCAAGGAGUAUGUGCACCAUUUUGUGAUAUGUACGAUGGCCAGAUAAAUGGUCUCUUGUGAAACGGAUUCUUUUGAUAUACGGUACUAAAUUGACGGUUUGAUAAUAAAAUACAUAGUUAGUAUUUAAUAGGAGUUAUUAUUUUCAAAUAAUUGUCGAAUUAUCUUGUCAUAUUUCAAAUUUCAUAUUGAUAAUGCUUUGAGGAGAUCU